GAUUUAUUCGGAUAUGUUCUUAGCUUUUCCUCAACUGUCAAAAUGUCAAAAAUUUGUGCAAAAUACAUUUUUAGGACAUUGUUUCGAAUACAGGAACAUGGCAGCACGAAUGCUACCUUCACAAAUGUCCAUAGGCGGUAUGCAAGUUCUGUAAACAGCAUGUCAGUUGUGUAUAAUGAAUAUGGGAAUCCAAAUAAGGUAUUGAAAACAGAGAAUUGUCAGCUGUCAAAAUGCCUGCAAGCAGAUGAAGUAUUGGUGAAGAUGCUUAUGGCACCAGUAAAUCCUUCUGACAUAAAUAUGGUUGAAGGAACAUAUUUUAUGAAACCGAAGCUUCCAGCAGUGGCUGGUAAUGAAGGUGUGGGUGAGGUAUUGGACGUAGGCACAAAUGUAAAGUCACUCAAAACAGGAGAUUGGGUAAUUCCAAAUCAAGCUGGUUUUGGGACAUGGAGAACUCAUGCUGUUGCAGAUUAUCCACGGUUAAGAAAAAUAAGUAAUGAUAUUCCGCCACUCAGUGCAGCAACUAUUGUUGUUAACCCUUCCACUGCUUACAGAAUGUUAAAAGAUUUUGGAAAUCUUAAACCAGGAGAUGUUGUCAUUCAGAAUUCAGCUAACAGUGCUGUUGGACAAAGUGUUAUACAAAUAGCUAAAGCAUGGAAUUUACGAACAAUUAAUAUUGUCAGAGGUAGAGAUAAUCUAGAUGAUCUUGUAGAACAAUUAAAGCAAUUAGGUGCAACACAUGUUGUAACAGAAGAAUUUUCACGUACACCAGAAAUGAAAGAAUUGAUUAAAUCUCUUGGCGCUGCACCUAAGUUAGCAUUAAAUGGGGUAGGAGGGAAAAGUGCAACUGAACUUCUGCGACAUCUUGCCUCAAAAGGAGUGAUGGUAACAUAUGGAGGAAUGUCACGUCAGCCAGUUGUCGUGCCAACAGGAGUGUUUAUAUUCAAAGAAGUAACUGCAGUAGGAUACUGGAACUCGCAAUGGAAUAUAGAAAAUGACACUAGUCCAGAGAGAGAUACCAUGUUUGAAGAACUUUGUGACAUGAUAAGAGAAUGUAAACUAAUUCCACCACCUUGUGAAAUUUUUGAACUUGAAAAUUAUUCUGAGGCUGUAAGAAGUGCAAUGGAAGGUUUCCAAGGAAAAAAGAAAGUCUUAUCAAUGCAAGAUUUCCAAUAGUAGCCUUGAAUGAUCAAAUGGCAAAUUUAGAGACAUAAUUAGCUAUUAGUAAUUUUGACGUGAAUUAGAGUCUAGUAAAUUAUUAUAGUGCAAGUUUUGAUAGUUUAGUAUAAGCAAUUGAAUGUAGGCAUCUCAACGAAAUAUUUUAUAAGUAAAAAAUUAAUGUCUUUUUAAUUUCAGUCUGUUUUUUGUUCUGGUUACCAAAAUGUGAAUGUUAAGGCAUUAGUACCACCUGUCAGCUCUAUAAUCAUUGAAAUCUUAAUGUAGCAGUUAUGCUUUCUGCAUGACUUGAGGAACAAUGCAUAAUUUAUAUUAGGAUAAUAAUGUUUGAUACCAAUAACCACUUCAAAAACAUACAAUUCAUUUUGUAAAAACAUUAUCAUACAAUACAUGAUCUGAAAUACGAGACAUAUCUAAAUACAGUCAAACUUCGUUUGCUCGAACUCGACAGGACUAAUAAAUUUGUUCAAAUUAUCUGUAGUUUAAUCCAUCCAACAAUAUACAUCAUGGAGGGAUUUUGCUGGGACCUGACGAUGAUUGGGUGAUGUUCGAAUUAUCCGAGUUCAAGUGAAUGAAGUUCAACUGUACCUUAAACAUUGUUAAGUGGAAGUCUAGCCAUAAAGAUGGCCACUUUAAUCUUUGCAUUCUUCAUACUGACAAAACUGAUGUCUUUGCUUGGGUGUGACCAUUUUGUAGGUUAAUGCAAAUAUUUUCUGUGAAUAUUUGAUAAAUGUACCUUACAUAUUUUAAAAGUCUCAUAAUGCCAUUGUUAGCUCGACUAUACGAAGUAUAAGGAGAGCUAUCCUACUCGCCCCGGCGUCGGCGUCGGCGUCUUUCCGCGUCCCCACCUUGGUUAAAGUUUUGGUGCACUUUCUCUUUUUUCAACUUAUCUCUGUAAUUACUUGAUGGAUUUGAUUCAAACUUGAAAUACUUAUUCCUCAUCAUCAUCCACAUCAUCUGACAUAAGGGCCAUAACUCUGGCACCAAUAUUUCAAGAAUUAUCUCCCCUUUUCACUUAGAUUUUCAGGUUAAAGUUUUGAUGCACUUUCACUCUAUCUCUGUUAUUACUGAAUGGAUUUGAUUCAAACUUAAAAUAGUUGUUCAACAUCAUCACCCACAUCAUAUGACACAAGGUGCAUAACUCUGGCACCAUUUUUUCAUGAAUUAUGCCCCCUUUUUACUUAGAAUUUCAGGUUAAAGUUUUGGUGCACUUUCACUCUACCUCUGUUAUUACUGAAUGGAUUUGAUUCAAACUUAAAAUAGUUGUGCAGCAUCAUCACCCACAUCAUAUGACACAAGAUGCAUAACUCUGGCACAAUUUUUUCAUGAAUUAUUCCCCUUUUUACUUAGAAUUUCAGGUUAAAGUUUUAUGCACUUUCACUCUGUCUCUGUUAUUACUGAAUAGAUCUGAUUCAAACUUAAACAAUUGUUCAACAUCAUUACCCUUAUCAUAUGACACAAGGUGCAUAACUCUGGGACCAAUUUUUCAUGAAUUAUUUCCCCUUUUUACUUAGAAUUUUAGGUUAAAGUUUUGAUGCACUUUCACUCUGUCUCUGUUAUUACUGAAUGGAUUUGAUUCAAACUUGAAAUAGUUGUUCAACAUCAUCACCCACACCAUAUGACACAAGGUGCAUAACUCUGGCACCAAUUUUUCAUUAAUUAUUCCCCCUUUUUACUUAGAAUUUUAGGUUAAAGUUUUGAUGCACUUUCACUCUGUCUCUGUUAUUACUGAAUGGAUUUGAUUCAAACUUAAAAUAGUUGUUCAACAUCAUCACCCACACUAUAUGACACAAGCUGCAUAACUCUGGCACCAAUAUUUAAUGAAUUAGGCCCCUUUGUGCUUAGGAUAUACUUAUAUAGUGUUUUGAUACAUUUUAUCUUUACCUCUCUUAUUACUUUAAGUUGAUAUUUUUGACAUAGACUCAGGCUAUUGUGCAAUAUCUUCAUCCACAAUUGGAGUCAUUAAACACGCAAGUGACAGCUCUAGUUUCCUCAGAUGUGCCCAGUUUCACUAUCCAGCAUCGAAAUAGUCCAGCGCGCUGUCUCCUGUGACAGCUCUUGUUUAAAAUGUGGCUGUCACAUUUUUUGUUAUUAACAUAAAACAUGGUAAUUUUUUGUUAAAUCUUAUGUAUAAUAAUUGUUUUCUAUAAUGUUUGGCAAAGGUUUGAAUAUUGAUGAAUACAGUAGAAUGUUUUAUUGAA